UGGGAUUCCUGUGUAACAGGAAUUAUUAUUUAGAAAAAUUGCUUGUGUUGAAUGGUGUAUUUAUAAUGUUAUCUGUGAGUUUGGUAGGCUUUUGAAACAAGUCAUGGCAGCCUCACAGGUAAUCUUUCUUCUCUGGUUAUUAAACCCAGCUAUUUGCUAGGAAAGAAUAUUGGUAAGAAAUACAUAGCAUCAAAAAUCCCAGCCCGGGGUUUUUCAGAGUCGUUGUUUUUCUUUAAUAUUUUUUAGCAUAUGUCAGUAGUGUCUUGUAAUUCAUCUCCAUUUCAGUUUAUGACAUUCCUGUUACAUUUUGCAAUCAAUCCUUGCAGUGUGACCCAUGUACUUUCUUGCAAUAAAAGAGGAGCUGGAGUUUUAUUAAAGUUCGAUGUGUUUUGCAGCUUUUGGUGUCACUUAGGAGCAGAAACAGAAGGACCCAUUUCUUUCUUUCUCGAAGCCAUCCUCCAUCAUAGAAGUGGUUUGCAAUUAGUUUGAGGACAACUUUUCCAAUGCAGGGGAGUGGGGGACUGGAGAUACACACUGUAAUCAGCUUUCUGUUUUAAUUGAAGGCAUAGCGAUGGUGAAUUUCACUGUUUAAUGCUGUGAGUGGGAAGCAUUUCAGUUACAUCUGUAAGCAUUAAUAUUUCCCUGAAUGCACAACACGACCCAAAAUUACCCCUCUCCUGACUUAGGUAAUGCAGGCUAAGAGAAAUAGCACCAAACUGCUUGUACCUUCAGCCACAAAGGAAUACCUUGGGAGCUCUGCUUGCUCCCAUGGUUUGUUAUCAGAGCUAACUGGUUGCUUCCCAAACCCCAGAAUGACUCAUACAAGUUUUUCUUCAUCUGUGUGUGCGUUUGUGGUCAAGUCAGAAAAUCUGUGGUCCUCUUAUUAGCUGUUUGCAAGCCUAAUGGGUUCUAAAUGGUAUUCUCUUAACAGCUGAAGAGCAAUCAUCACAGAGCAGUUAUUGGCACGCAUGCAAACAGUGUGCUUGUUUUGUGAGCCAAAAGUGGGAGGCCAACAUCAUCCUAUAAACUUGGCAGUGCAAAACUGAAUUCAGGUUAUUCGCACCACAGUCUCGUUUGCAGAUGUAAACUGAGCACCGCUGGACUCUGUCAGUCCAUUCAUUGCUCUAUAUGGAAACAUCUUCUGGCUCUUCAGAAGUUUUUGCAUUCCUCUCUUGGUUAAAUUUAAUGACAUCUGAGAUAUGUUCCCGUAGUGCUAGUACUUCAAAAUACACCAUCAGUUACUGAAGCUGCCACAUGUCUUGUGUGCUUGGUAUUAAUGAUUCAGUAGAAUUGCUCGUUGGGGGAGCUGAUGUUGGUAAGGUGGUGUGUUGGACAGCCAUAGGUGUUCCUCAGUAACACUUGGUGCCGGUGCCUGCUUUGGUCCAAAGCUGCCUUUUCUCUUUAGAGAAAAAUGUUUAAAAAUGUUGUGAUGACAAACAUUUGCCCAAACAGUCUUUUGGUCUUCAAUGAAACUUGGAGGGUUUCAAUGCAUUUGGUGCAAGCAAACCAGUGAUAUUCCAUACAUUUGAGUACUCGUUUUUGUUCUUUUUAAAGCUCAUUGGCUGCUGUGUUAAUAUCAGAAAGGAACACAGUUCUUCUGCAAUUAUUUGAUAAACGAUGAAGGUUCUGUUACUGAAGGACCCCAAAGACAAAGAGUCGGGACCAGAUCCAUAUGUGAAAGAAUUAGGAUUGUAUGGAUUUGAAGCAACUUUGAUUCCAGUUUUGUCAUUUGAAUUUGUAUCUCUUGAAGACUUGUUUGAAAAGCAGCUUUCUCAUCCAGAGCGUUACAGGGGCCUCGUUUUUACCAGUCCAAGAGCAUUAGAAGCCAUCAAGAUAUGUUUAAGAGAGAACAGUAAAAAUGAAGCAUGGUCAAAAUCUCUUAAACAACAGUGGAAUACCAAACCAACAUACGUGGUAGGAAAAGCUACAGCUUCUCUUGUGGAAGAAAUUGGCCUUUCUCCACAAGGAGAAAAGAGUGGAAAUGCUGAAAAAUUAGCUGAAUAUAUUUGCUCAAGAGAGAAACCGCAUUCAUCAUCUCUUCUUUUUCCUUGCGGAGCCCUGAAAAGAGAAGUACUUCCUACAGCACUUAAAGAAAAAGGCAUACCGCUGGAGAGCCUGACUGUGUACCAGACUGCCCAACACGAGCAUCUCCAGCAGUCACUGAGCAGCUAUUUCUCACAGCAGGGAAUUCCAGCCAGCAUCGUGUUCUUCAGUCCAUCUGGUGUCAAGUUUUGCCUCCAGCACAUUCAGAAGCUUUCUGGUGAUUCUGCCAACCACAUAAAGUUUGCUGCUAUUGGUCCAACAACUGCAGAAGCCAUGGAGGCAGCAGGAAUCCCAGUAAGCUGCACUGCAGAGAGUCCCACUCCUCAAGACCUCACUGCUGGGCUCCAAAAAGCACUUCACCCACAGAACUGCAUUUUAUCUGACUGAGAGCACAGCAUGUGUUCGUGGUUCUCUACAGAAGGCUUUUUCAUUAUGCAGACCUGUUGUCCUGCAAUGAAGUAUUGUUUGGGAAUACACAACACUGUCGUGGCAGCACCUUGUGUGAGCUGCUAGCACGUAUCUAAGAAAUCUAGAAUUUGUCUAGCAUGUCCUGAAGCCCCUUUUUCUUAUGUGUGCAGUCCCAGGAAACAAACUGUGAGAGGCCACCAGUGCAUCAGAGUAAUAUAUUGACAUUUUGUGUUCUAUGUUCACCUCAGGUAUCUCCUAGUGCACAAGGUGAGGUUUCCACUUCUCUGUGUAUAGUCAGUUUCUCCAUGCACAUCUUCUGUUGUAAAAGAAGAUCGUACUUAUGAAGUAUUUUCUGUUGCAAAGCUUAUUCGUUGUUCUCCUUCUGAAAUAUUUAUAUUAAGAGGAUGAUUGCAGAUUCUCAGUGGAGUAGGAUAAUUCUUGUACUGUUGCACUGAGUGAAGCUAACAGGAGGUCAGUUAUUGACACAUCCUUGCAGUAUGGAGUCUUAAAAAAAUAAGGUUUCAUUUCUAUUUCUGUAGAGAAGGAUUUGUAAACAGAGAAAUAAACUGGCUUACUAUUAAUAAUGGUGUUA